AUGACAAAGCCUCUGAAAGGUCCGAAAGAGCCAAAAGUCGGGAAUGCUAAAGGAUUAAACUUUCUGCGAUCCCAUCCAAGAGUAUGGAAAAUAAACAUCACUCAUACGAUGCACCUGACAUCUAUGCAAAGGACUCAAGACGAAGAUUCAGGUGAAAAACCAUUCGAAGAAGAGAGAGAUUUGGUUGCCGAGAAUUAUGAUCUUAAACAAAAGCUGCUUCUUUCAAAAUUUGGUUUGGAGAGGUUUGGAUCGAAUGAUGAUGACAUAUUUUUCUACACAGGAUUUCAGAGUUACCGAGCUUUGAUGGCAUUUUGGAACUUUAUUAAACCUUGCUCUGGGUCUCUGAUGUCGUGGAACACAGCACGCGAAAAAGUGAAAGAAAGCUCCUCAAACAAUGCUAAUCUAUUUCCUUUUUUGCAAGGACAGGAGAAAAAAAAGAAAUAG